AAAAUCUAAUAAUAUUAUAUAUAUUCAAUUUAUCAGAACAAGGAGAAAGACUCAAAGCUCAAAAUGUCUGGCAAAUCCAAUUCUCAUUUUUAUACAAUUGAGGUCGGAGAUACGAGAUUCACAAUUCUCAAACGGUAUCAAAACCUGAAACCCAUAGGUUCCGGAGCACAGGGAAUCGUGUGCGCGGCCUAUGAUACCGUAAUGCAGCAGAACGUUGCUAUAAAAAAACUGAGUAGACCAUUCCAAAAUGUGACGCACGCUAAGCGCGCGUAUCGUGAGUUUAAAUUGAUGAAGUUGGUGAAUCAUAAGAAUAUUAUCGGACUCUUAAACUGCUUUACGCCCCAGAAAUCCCUGGAGGAGUUCCUCGAUCUCUAUAUCGUGAUGGAGCUCAUGGAUGCAAACUUGUGCCAGGUUAUAAACAUGGACCUAGAUCAUGAAAGAAUGUCCUAUCUACUCUAUCAGAUGCUCUGUGGAAUCAAACAUCUGCAUUUAGCCGGAAUCAUUCAUAGGGAUCUGAAGCCCAGUAAUAUUGUUGUGAGAUCUGAUUGUACUCUCAAGAUUCUAGAUUUUGGAUUGGCUCGGUCUGCAGGACGGGCUGGAACCUCGUUCAUGAUGACCCCCUACGUUGUGACACGGUACUACAGGGCUCCAGAGGUCAUUUUAGGUAUGGGAUAUAAAGAGAACGUGGAUAUCUGGUCUGUUGGAUGUAUUAUGGGGGAAAUGAUUAGAGGUGGGGUCUUAUUCCCUGGCACAGAUCAUAUAGAUCAAUGGAACAAGAUCAUUGAACAGUUAGGAACACCCAGUCAAGAUUUUAUGAGGCGAUUACAGGCAACAGUGAGAAACUACGUCGAAAAUCGUCCAAGAUACGCAGGCUACUCCUUUGAGAGACUUUUCCCUGACGUUCUCUUCCCUGCUGAAUCCUCAGAGCAUAAUAGGUUGAGAGCCAGUCAAGCCCGAGAUUUGCUCUGCAAGAUGCUGGUUAUUGAUCCAGAGAAAAGGAUAAAUGUCGAUGAAGCUCUGAUGCAUCCAUAUAUAAAUGUCUGGUAUGAUGAGAGUGAAGUAAAUGCCCCUCCUCCAGGAGCCUGGGACCAUUGUGUAGAUGAGCGGGAUCUGACGGUGGAUCAGUGGAAGGACCUUAUCUACAAGGAGGUUGUGGACUACGAGAUAUCUAAAGGCAGAUUAUUGCAAUCCGUCAGCGUUCAUGGAGCACAGGGGUGCAAGGACGAGGAAGUAAAUAGAAGAUAAGUUCGGCUUAAAAUGAAUCCUAGAGUCAGAAUGAGUUUACAGAUCACAAAUCUACUAUAACCUACUUUAAACCUACUCCAAACCUACUCCAAACCUCCUCCAAACCUACUCCGAACCUACACCAAGUUAAUCCAUGGAAAAUCACAGAUCACAGUCCUUCUCAGAUUCCAGUUUGAACUUUAAUCCGGACUUAAGUUCAGACUCCAAGAUAUACUCUUAACUACCUAAAGCUAAAAGCUUAGCUUCGGGUUUCAGAGCCGACUUCUUAAUUUAACUUGCUUAAAAUUCAAAAUAUUGAAAUUAAAUUUAGUCUCAAUUGUCAGUAAAGAAUAAGAUCAAGCUAAAUACUAACUUUUCCUAAUUAUAACGUUUUUAGCUGAGAUCUAACUGGACAUCUCUUUAGUUCAGUUCUGAUGAUCAAUAGACGAAUUCUGACUGAAAGUUUAUGAUGAACCGAAGUUUUUUGCCUAAGUUUCCUAAAUAUACAGAGUCUGAACUUAAGUUUAGAUUUAAAUAUCUUUGAAAAAGUUUAGCAGUUUAAAUUCCAGACUCUUAAACAUUUCUUCUCAAAUGAACACUUUUUAUAAACUUCCAAUUUGUAGAGUUAGCCGAAAAAUCAAAUUUAGUAUAGUGAUCAUUCGCUAAAAUUCGUCCAAACUGUUAAACCCUUUUUAAAGGUUUACCUAAACUAAUCCUAUAAAAUUACAACACGUUGAUUUAAAGAGAUUGUUCGAAUAUUAGAAUGAACACGCAUAAUACAUUUUUCAAUAAAUUCUCCUAGACCUUUAAUAUGGACUGGACUGUACAAUUUUUAUAUCUGAGGUCUUAAUUAAUUUAAGAAUUGAAAUUUGAUAUUUUGUUUGUUCAAUCAAACUUUUCACACCCUUUUUUCAAAUAUUUGACUCUCUCCCUUUUGUCAAAUUUGUGAACAAUCCCAUUAAUAAUGUUUAAUUCAUAGUACCUUGAAAUCACACAUCAAUAUUGCUCCAUAUUGUCACCUCAUGGUAUUAUUAUUUACAUUACUGACGAAUCUUACUUAUACAAAGUUAAACAUAACAUUUUUGUUCAGACCCCCGCCACUAGAAACAUACAGGGUGUAUCAAAAAAACUGUGGAAUAUGAAGACGACUUUUAAUUUCAUAAGUUUAUUUUUAAUCUAAUGGUAAAACGAUUAUCUUUAGAACAAGAUCAAGCCCAAAUAAGAUUGCUAAAUUGUCGUCUUACUCCGCAGUUGUGUUGAUCCCACUGAAACGUUUCCAGCUUUUAAAAUUUAAAUCUUUAUUCAUUGAAUUGAUUAUAGAAAGCUUUCAUACGAACGUUCUCUUAUUGGUUGAAUUCGUUCGUUAUUCUACUUUAUUUUGGGAGGUAGAAUAUAACCUGUAUUGGUACUCCGUUGCAUUUUAUAAUUAUGUUUUUUGGCGCCAAAAGCGGCCAUCUUGUUUGUACUGUACGAUAUAACCGCCAUAUUGAGUUUAAUAAUUCAUGUAAAGCUACUAGUCAGUCGUCAUCCAGUUACAUUAAUAAAUUCUGUUAUUUCCAAGGGGGGACUGCCCCCUUUAAAUUUGCAAUAAUUUAUUUAAUCCGUAGAGUUUGUGAUAGCGCCCUUGUUUUUAAGAUUAUGUUAAAUAAAGAUCUACGGCUAGAAAGA